AUAAAGAAUUAUUAAAGACACACGCGCACGCUCACAAACCGGAAGUCAACCCUAAAGGGACAUUGCGCAUGUGCAGUCCUCUCGCGCUUUCGACCUCCACUCGUCACUGAUCUUAAUUACCUCCAGCUCCAGUGCUUGACCCGACGAGGACGUCCUGUCGUGAUGUAUGCCUGUGCUAAGUUCGUCUCAACGCCCUCUCUGGUCCGUGCGGGAUCUCAGGCUCUGUACAGGCCACUGUCUGCAGCUGUAGUGUCAGAUGCCAAGAGGGCAGAGACCGCCGCACUCCUCCUACCCCGGGGAAACGCCGCUUCCCAGCAGCAGGUGGCACUGCGUGGAUUUCAGACCAGCGCUGUGAGCCGUGACAUCGACACUGCUGCCAAGUUCAUUGGAGCUGGAGCUGCCACUGUGGGAGUGGCUGGAUCUGGAGCAGGGAUUGGGACAGUGUUCGGUAGCCUCAUCAUUGGCUAUGCCAGAAACCCUUCUCUGAAGCAGCAGCUGUUCUCCUACGCCAUCCUGGGCUUUGCUCUUUCCGAAGCCAUGGGUCUCUUCUGUCUGAUGGUUGCGUUUCUCAUUCUGUUUGCCAUGUAACCCAUUUCAAGCAAUCUACAACCAGGGACGUGUCACAAUGUUACCAAGAAUGAGCAGUCUGCAUUUUCAUUAAUGGUACAAGAACACAAUCAUGGUGCUUAGUCCUCAUUGGCUGUAAUACUUGUGAACAAUUGGCAAAGCAACCAUUUGUAAUGGUGUUUGCUAUUACAUUGUAUAUUUAGUCAAAUGUUUUUUUUUUGUUAAAUAUCUCAUAAAAGAAAACAUUAAAUCUGUGAA